AUGGCCGAACCGCAUGAUCAGGAGAUGACUCUGGAGGACGAGUAUGACGAGGAAGCCGACAGUGACUUCGAGACAGAAGGCUCAGAUGCCGAGGACCCGUCAUCUGCCUCCGAUGAUGAAGGGCAUAGCGUCGCAGAUGCGCCUGCACGUCCCCACAAAAGACGAAAGACGGAAAAGACACAGGAAGUGUUGAUCGCCGAGCUCGAUUCAGGCGAUGAAGCGACUAUUCGAGCGCAGAAGAAGGACCAAAAGAAGGGUGAAAAUGCGAAGGGCGCUGCAGCAGAAGACGCCGGAAAUCAAUCAGAGGAAUGGCGGGCUCGCACCCGUGCAAUGCGCAUAAAGGAGAAGGAGGAGCGAACAAGACGCAAACUAGCAUCAAGCAAGGGCAGCACGAUCGAUGUGGACAAAAUAUGGGAAGAGAUGAACAGGCCGGCGCCGCUCCCUCCACCGCGCAUCGAAGAUGACGGCGAAGCUGCCAACCAGGCGCAGCAGUCAGGACUCACAGACGACUCCAGAGGACUCAAGAUUGUCAGCGGAGAUGGCGAGAAGGAGAAUCUGCCAGCCAACAACGGGGAAGAGACGAUUACAAUCAAGAGGACGUACAAGUUUGCCGGUGAAGUGCACGUUGAAGAGAAGACCGUUCUCAGAUCGUCAGCAGAGGCUCAGUUGUGGCUUUCUCAGCAGCGGCCUUCAGAAGGCAGCGGCCCAGCAGCUGAUGGCAAACUUGUCAGUCGACCACUGCGUAGAUUCUCACGCUUUGACCCAAAUCUCAGCAACAUGGACGCGUACAAAGGCUCUUGGGGUGCCAGAAACACCCAGGACACCAAGUUCAGAGGUCCUAAGCUGAAUGUCGUGGAGAAGAGCAAGAUGGACUGGGCUGAGCACGUUGAUUCUGAGGGUCUGAAAGAUGAACUGGAUUUGCAUGCGAAAGCAAAGGAGGGCUAUCUGACGAGAAUGGACUUCUUGAGAGAAGUUGAAGAGCGCAGAGAUGCUGAAGCCAGGGCUGCAAGAUUGCGAGCGCGUUGA